AUGUCCGACUUUGACUCAUCCGAUACAGUACGAUGCCGUUGGUCUAUUGGAUCCACCAGUAAUAUCAAUGGAUAUGAUGAAUGUGCAGCUGUUUGCUCAGGUGUACCAGGUGCUAUGUUAUAUUCUGAUAAUUGUACUCUUGUAUUUACACUAACUCAAGCUAGUAUGUGUGUUGCUGUUGCUCUACAAAUCGAAGAUUUUUAUACGACUACAUCACCGACACCAAUGAGUUCUGUUCCUAUUCAAUUUCUUUUCUAUGGUUAUAUAGCAUCUUCUGGUUGCAGUACACCUCCUGCUAUUAUUGGCAGUCGACCUAACCGAGCUUGUAUUGGAACGCCAAUUGGUUCAACUGUUAAUGAAUUAGUUAUAGUACAGGUUUAUUGUAGUGGCACAAGUAUCGUUGAUUUCAUUACAAGUUCACCUGUUGGCUUAACAAAAAGUCUCUAUCAAAUUGUUCUUAGCUGGAUCCCAACAGCUGAUCAAGUGGGCCCACAAGGUUUUUGCGCUGGUGCUAUCGACAACACGACUGUUCAAUUCAACCGAUGGUGUAUUACAUUUUUGGUUGGUUACAAUUCUCCUGAUCUAAUCCGAGCGACGUCCAUUCAAGGCACCGCUUCACCCAUCGGUACUAUUUCUUCUAAUCAAACGACUUUUUCUAUUCACGCAACAAAUACAGUUAAUCGCCCACCUAGAAAUUCCACAAAUGUUUAUUUCAAUGACGCUGCGACUAAUACAAGUGUCUAUACGAUUGAUUGUGGUUAUGAUGCUCAUGUGAUAUAUACUGGUAAUACCAUAGUUUUUUAUAUUCCAUCUCCGCCAUGGAUUCCUGGACAUUCUUAUUAUGUUACUUUCGAUAGUGAACCUGAAUCCUCGCCAAUUUCAGAUCCUACUUUUUGGACAUUUGAUAUCUGGGAUUCAGCUGCUUCAUCGACUACAGCAACAACGACAACACGGCCUCAAUCAACUACGCCUGUUAAUACUUUGGUAAUUCGAAUAGAUUUUAUCAAUUUUCGUAUUUAA